CAGUCCCACGUGGACGACGUCACUCCGUUUUGGGUCUGGUAGGUGGAGGUACACACGGCCAUACAUAACAAGCUAUUUGGCUGAAUCAUGCCGAUCAUUUUAUGGAAAAUCAUUGUUGUUCAUCUCACCACCACAAUUGGCUUUUCCUGUUGUUUUCGUAAUGACGUGAGUCUUGAGGACAAUCCAGUUAUACCAGCGAUCGCCAAAUAUUUCAGCACGAAAGGGAGGUAUGAGGAAGUGAACCCGUAUCUCAUAGAGGACAUACUUGCUGUUAACAGAUCUAUUUUACAGCCCCCGUCAGCACAAUGUCGCGAAAUUCAUCUGACUGCCAUAAUAAGACACGGCACAAGAUACCCGACGACCAAAAACAUCAAGAAGAUGCGGAAACUUUACGACCUCGUCAAGAGCAAUGCCUCUGCCGAAGAGAAGUGGCUGCGUGAACUCCAGACGCAGUGGACGAUGUGGUACACUGAGGACAUGGACGGCCGACUCGUCCAGAAAGGAGUGAAUGAUCAAAAGCAUCUGGCCGUCAGGCUGUCGAAGCUGUUCCCCUCACUGAUUUCAGAGGAGAAGCUUCGAGGUGGACUCAUCAAAUUCAUAACCAGCUCAAAGCACAGGUGUGUGAACAGCACACUGUCCUUUAAAGCAGGACUGACUGAGCUGUGGGCUAUUAAAGAUAAGGAGUUUGACCAUGCAGUGAACGAUGCUCUGAUGAGGUUUUUUGACAAAUGCACCAGGUUUGUGCAGGAAAUUGACAAAAACCCCUCAGCUUUGACAGAGGUGGACAAGUUCAAGGAGGGGCCAGAGAUGAGGAGGGUCCAGGAGAAGAUCGCGGAUCGUCUUAAAGUACAAUACAAUACCAUCACAGAUGAUAUGGCUGAAGCUGCUUUUUAUUUAUGUGCUUAUGAGUUUGCCAUCAAGACCGUGAAUUCCCCCUGGUGUCGGCUCUUUGAUGAGGUCGAUGCACAGGUUAUGGAGUAUGCAAAUGACCUGAAGCAAUUCUGGAAAAGAAGCUAUGGUCAUGAUAUCAACAGUAAGUCAAGCUGCAUUCUUUUCCAUGAUGUGUUCAGCCGACUGGACAAAGCAGCCGAUGAGAACAAGUCAGGCCAGCAGGUGACUGAAGCUGUGACAGUCCAGGUCGGCCAUGCAGAGACCCUCCUGCCACUGCUUACCCUGCUGGGCUUCUUCAAGGACAGUGAAGCCCUGACAUCGACCAACUACGCCACACAGACCGAGCGUUCCUUCCGCACCAGCCACAUGUUGCCCUAUGCAGCUAACUUAGUCCUGGUUCUGUACGACUGUGGGGGAAGUGACCUGAGACUGCAGCCACUGCUCAACGAGAAGCCUGUGGCUUUCUCUGGUUUAACUGGCCAGCAGGCCUCCAUGCCGCUCUAUCAAGACGUCAAAGAGCACUACAGAGAACUGCUCCAGGGCUGUGACUUUGAGACUGAGUGUGAGCUGUUCAAGCAUCCUGCUCAGGUUUAAGCUGACAGGGUGGAUUCUGGAAAAGAACAUAUUAUAAUGGAUGUAUUGUCUUUUCUUUGCAAAAUGGAGUGAAUCUUGUGUUGCUAAUUGGCGCAGCUUAGUCUGAAUGUUUCUCUUAUGUGAAUCAUGAACAUAUUACUUUUUGACUUGAAUGAAUCAACUAAGAAGCAUUUUCACUCCCUUUGUCUUAGGCCUGAGAAAAGGCAGAUUUGUUGGCUCUGAAACGCACCACAAUCCCAGCCUUAGAAUUGAAUUUCAAGUUUAUCUGUACCAUCACAGUAUUGCUACUGCUAUAUCGCUUAUUUUACAAGGAUUCUUUCCAUUGUUGCAUAACUUGCAGAAAUUAAAGAAUUUAUUUUUGCAGUGUA